CCUGGCCGCGCCGCCGGCAGCUGCGCCCAGCGCGGGCACAAAGGCCGCCAUGGCCGGCUACGUGCCGGGGCUGGUCCCGGCCAACCGCAGCCAGGAGAAGGAGUUCGUGCAGGCCUACGAGGACGUGCUGGAGCGAUACAAAGAUGAACGGGACAGAGUCCAAAAGAAAACCUUCACUAAAUGGGUCAAUAAACACUUGAUGAAGGUGCGCAAGCACAUCAAUGACCUCUAUGAAGACCUGAGAGAUGGUCACAACCUCAUCUCCCUCCUGGAAGUGCUGUCAGGAGUGAAGCUGCCGCGUGAGAAGGGGCGGAUGCGCUUCCACCGCCUGCAGAACGUGCAGAUUGCCCUGGAUUUCCUGAAGCAGCGACAGGUGAAACUGGUGAACAUCCGCAAUGAUGACAUCACAGAUGGCAACCCCAAGCUCACCCUGGGGCUCAUCUGGACCAUCAUCCUCCACUUCCAGAUCUCUGACAUCUACAUCAGUGGGGAGCUGGGGGAUAUGUCAGCCAAGGAGAAGCUCCUGCUGUGGACACAGAAGGUGACAGCAGGUUACAUCGGGCUGAAGUGCACCAACUUCUCCUCCUGCUGGAGCGAUGGCAAGAUGUUCAACGCCCUCAUCCACAGAUACAGGCCAGAUCUGGUGGACAUGGAGAGGGUGCAGAUCCAGAGCAACCGGGAGAACCUGGAGCAGGCCUUUGAGAUCGCCGAGCGCCUGGGGGUCACACGGCUGCUGGAUGCUGAAGAUGUGGACGUUCCCUCUCCAGAUGAGAAAUCUGUGAUAACUUACGUGUCUUCAAUCUACGAUGCCUUUCCCAAAGUCCCUGAGGGAGGAGAAGGGAUCAGCGCCAUUGAGGUGGAUUCGAGGUGGCUGGAGUACCAGACCCGUGUGGAGUCCCUCAUCUCGUGGAUCAAGCAGCACACGAUACUCAUGUCAGACAAAUCCUUCCCCCAGAACCCUGUAGAGCUAAAGGCACUUUAUAACCAGUACAUACACUUCAAAGAAACUGAAAUCCCAGCAAAGGAGCAGGAAAAAGGACAGAUAGAGGAGCUCUACAAACUGCUAGAGGUUUGGAUUGAAUUUGGACGCAUCAAGCUGCCCCAGGGCUACCACCCCAACGAUGUGGAGGAGGAGUGGGGCAAGCUCAUCAUUGAGAUGCUGGAGCGUGAGAAGCUCCUGCGGCCGGCGGUGGAGAGGCUGGAAUUGCUGCUACAAAUCGCUAACAAAAUCCAGAAUGGUGCUCUGAGCUGUGAAGAAAAGCUCACCCUGGCGAAGAACACGCUACAGGCUGAUGCUGCUCACCUGGAGGCAGGCCAGCCGGUGCAGCACGAGGCGGACGUGGUGGCGUUCCUGCAGGAGAGCGAGGGGCUCAUCCGCCAGCUCCAGGUGGACGUGCAGAUCCUCCGCGACGAGAACUACUACCAGCUGGAGGAGCUGGUGUUCAGGAUCAUGAGGCUGCAGGACGAGCUGGUGACGCUGAGGUUGGAGUGCACCAACCUGUACAGGAAGGGCCAUUUCUCCACCCUGGAGCUGGUGCCCACGUCCACACUGAGCACGACACACCUGAAGGGCGAGUCCCUGACCAAGGGGCUCCACACCUCCUCGGCCUCCUGGUUCAGGAAGCCCAUGACCAGGACAGAGCUGGUGGCCAUCUCCUCCUCUGAAGAUGAAGGCAGCCUUCGCUUCGUCUACGAGCUGCUGGCCUGGGUGGAGGAGAUGCAGAUGAGGCUGGAGCGGGCAGAGUGGGGCACUGACCUGCCAAGUGUGGAAUCCCAGCUGGAGACCCAGAGGCACAUCCACGCCAGCGUGGAGGACCUGGGCUCCAGCGUGAAGGAGGCCAGGAUGUAUGAGGGCAAAAUGUCUCCGAAUUUCCGUGCCAGCUACACAGAGACACUGGGCAAGCUGGAGACUCAGUACUGCAAACUGAUGGAAACCUCCAGCUUCAGGCUGAGGCACCUGCAGAGCCUGCAUGGAUUCGUGUCCAGGGCCACUGCUGAGCUGAUCUGGCUGAAUGAGAAGGAGGAGGAGGAACUGGCCUACGACUGGAGUGACAACAACCCCAACAUUGCAGCCAAGAAGAAUUACUUCUCAGAGCUGACAGCAGAGCUGGAAGAGAAGCAGGACAUCUUCCGUUCCCUCCAGGACACGGCUGAGCUGCUCUCCCUGGAGAACCACCCGGCCAAGCAAACCGUGGAGGCCUACAGUGCUGCUGUGCACACCCAGUGGCAGUGGAUCAAGCAGCUCUGCCUGUGCGUGGAGCAGCACGUCAAGGAGAACGCUGCCUAUUUCCAGUUCUUCAGCGACGCCCGGGAGUCGGAGGCGUACCUGCGGAACCUGCAGGACUCCAUCAAAAGGAAAUAUUCCUGCGACCACAACACGAGCCUGACGCGGCUGGAGGACCUCCUGCAGGACUCCAUGGAUGAGAAGGAGCAGCUGAUCCAGUCCAAGAGCUCCGUUGCCAGCCUGGUGGGACGGUCCAAAAGCAUCGUCCAGCUCCGGCCCAGGAACCCAGAGCACGCUGUGAAGAGCACCAUCCCCAUCAAGGCUGUCUGUGACUACAGGCAGAUCGAGAUCACCAUCUGCAGGAACGACGAGUGUGUCCUGGAGGACAAUUCCCAGAGGACCAAGUGGAAGGUGAUCAGCCCCACAGGGAAUGAGGCCAUGGUGCCUUCUGUCUGCUUCCUGAUCCCCCCACCCAACAAAGAGGCCAUCGAGAUGGCCAACAGGGUGGAGCAGCUGUACCAGAAAGUGAUGGCUCUCUGGCACCAGCUGCACAUGAACACAAAGAGCCUCAUCUCCUGGAACUACCUGAGGAAGGACAUAGCCCUGGUGCAGAGCUUCAGCAUGGAAAAGCUGAGAUCCUUGGCUCAAGGGGAGUGUCAGCAAGCCCUGAAGAGCCUGCAGGGCCACUACGAGGAUUUCCUGCAGGACAGCCGGGACUCAGAGCUCUUCUCCGUGUCGGACCGGCUGCGCCUGGAGGAGGAAGUGGAGUCUUCCAAGGAACACAUCCGGCAGCUGCUGGAGUCCAUGGAGAACGAGGACAAGGAUGAGACCGUUGCCAGGACGUACCUGUCUGAGCUGAAGAACAUCCGCCUGCGGCUGGAGGAGUGCGAGCAGCGGCUCGUGAGCCGCAUCCAGGCCCCGAGCGGCGCCCGGGCAGACGGGGACACCAUCCAGGAGAACACCCUGCGCAUGGCAGAGCAGGAGCGCACACAGGAGGAUCUGCAGCAGCUGCAGUCAGAGCUCCGGGUUGUGUCUGAGAGGUGCUACAGCUUCCUGGACAAAGCUCCUGCAGGGCCCAGCACGCCCCACCUGCGCUCAGAGCUGGACUUGGUGGUGAACAAGAUGGAGCAGACACACGGGCUCUCUUCCAUCUACCUGGAAAAGUUGAAGACGGUUGACAUCAUUAUCCGCAGCACCCAAGGAGCAGAGUCCCUGGUCAAAGGCUACGAGGUGAAGCUGAGCCAGGAGGAGGCUGUUCCUGCUGACCUGGCAGCCAUUCAGACCCACAGGACAGCCCUGCAGCAAUGGCUCGGGGAGGUGAAGGACAAGGGCUCAGUGUUCUCCACGCUGGAAGAGGAGAUGGCGAAGGCAAAGGAGGUGGGGGAGCAGCUGUUCAGGCUGAGGCAGGAGCGCAGCAUCGACCUGGAGCGCUUCCAGGAGAAGGGGAGCCAGCUGUGGGACCGCUGGCAGCGAGUGUGCGCCCAGAUCGAGACCCGCCACACGGAGCUGGAGAGCAUCCAGGAGGUGCUGAGCGAUUACCGGCAGUGCCACAGCGCCCUGAUCCAGUGGAUUGAGGAGAUCACAGCCCAGCAGGAGCUGAUGAAGCCUGGCCAGGCUGAGGACAGCCGGGUGCUGUCGGAGCAGCUCAGUCAGCAAACGGCUUUGGCUGCAGAAAUUGAGAAAAACCAAGCCAAGCUGGACCAGUGUCAGAAAUUCUCCCAGCAGUACUCGGCUGCUGUCAAGGACUAUGAGCUGCAGCUGAUGACCUACAGGGCCUUCGUGGAGUCGCAGCAGAAGUCGCCCAUGAAGCGCCGGCGGAUGCUCUCCUCCUCAGAUGCCAUCACCCAGGAGUUCAUGGAUUUGAGGACUCGUUAUACGGCCCUGGUGACUCUGACCACCCAGCACGUGAAGUACAUCAGCGACGCUCUGCGGCGCCUGGAGGAGGAGGAGAAAGUGGUGGAGGAGGAGAAGCAGGAGCACGUGGACAAGGUGAAGGAGCUCCUGGGCUGGGCCCUGGGCUUGAAGCAGAGUGUGCAGGGCAGGACAGCUGCUGCUGGGAGCAGAGAGCUGGGAGACAUUGAGAAAUCCAUCUCAGAGCAGCAGGCCCUGAAUGAGGAGCUGAUUGGAAAGAAGGAGCAGGUCUCUGAGGCCAUCAAAACUUCCCAAAUCUUCCUGGCAAAACACAGCCACAAGCUUUCCCAACCAGAAAAGGACCAGAUUUCUGCUCAGAUUGGUGCUCUGAAGGAAACCUACCAGGCUCUCUGCAGCAACUCCACAGAGCAGCUCCAGCAGCUCCAGAGCCAGCUGGCUCAGGAGACAGAGCACAAGGGCAGCGAAGCCGUGGCAGGAGUGAUCGAUCUUGGCACGGUAGAAAUAUUCCCUGUCUUUGGUGCCAUGCAGAGAGGUCUUAUAGAUCAGGACACAGGCCUGGUCCUCCUGGAGGCCCAGGUGAUCUCCUCUGACUUAGUUGUCCCAGAGACCAGUGAGAAACUCUCCUUGGAGAAAGCUCUGGCAAGAAACAUCAUUGAUCUCAGGGCGUUCCAGGUGCUGCAGGAACUGAAGGAUGCUCUCCAGCAGGUGGAAGAAAUCAGAUGUGAAGGGAGGCAGCUCCUCCCCGUCGCUGCUGCCAUAGAGGAGGGGAGGAUCAGUGAGAGCCUUGGGCUGAAGAUUCUUGAGGCUGAGCUCCUCACUGGGGGCUUUAGAUACCAGCAGGGCAGAAUCAGCAUGGAGACAGCAGUGCAAGAAAGGCUCCUUCCCCCCCAGCUUCACUCCAGGCUCCUGUCUCACCUGGAGGGUGGCAGGGAUUUGAUUGACCCCAACACUGCUGAGAAGAUCAGUCUGCCUGAGCUCCUGGACAGGUGCAUCAUCCACCAAGAGACUGGGCUGAGGCUGCUCCCUGUCAGGCAGCUGGCGGGUGGGAUGGUGAGCUUGAGGUCAGGCAGGGAGGUCAGCAUCUUCCGUGCAGUCCAGGAGGGGCUGAUAGACAGGCAGGUGACCAUCAGGCUGCUGGAAGCCCACCUCUUUGCUGGUGGCAUUGUUGACCCCAGGACAGGCCACAGGCUGACUGUGGAUGAGGCUGUCAGGCAUCAUUUGAUUGACCAGGAUUUGGCCUGCACGCUCCUGAUCCGGCAGCUCCGGACCGGUGGGAUCGUGGACACCACCACGGGAGAGAGGCUGACCAUGGAUGAAGCCCUAAGAAAGGGUUUGGUAGCUCCAAGGACUGCGCUGCUGGUCCUGGAAUCCCUGUGGUCCUUCAUGGGGCUGCUGUGGCCAGAGACGGGGGAGAUCAUCCCUGUUGCAGAUGCCUUGGAGCAGGGGAUGCUCUCCACGGAGCUGAUUGAGGAGGCUCUCAGCAAGAGGCAGCUCCUCCAGGCUGUUUUUGUCCCAGACACCACAGAGGUGGUGUCCUGGCAGAAGGCAGUGGAGCAGGGCAUCCUGGAGGGAGAGGUGGUGAAGGAGCUGAAGUCAACAGCCAUCCCUGAUGUCCUGGCCAGUGUGCAGCUCUCUGGGUCUCCAGGCAGGAGCAGGCAGGGCCAGAGCUCCCCUGGAAGGAGCCCCACGGGUCAGGAGGAGCCUCUGCUGAGGAGUGCUGAGGAAAGGCUGGCGUUCCACUUGAUGACACACAGCUACAUCAACAUCCACGAUGGCCAGAAGGUGCUCUUGGUGGAUGCAGAGUUGAACAACCUCACUAAAGCUCUCAUCCAAAGCCAGGAAAAUGGAUCCUGUGCACAGGUGUUGGAAGGCUUUGAGGAGACAGAGGCAGAGGCAGCUCUUGAGAGCAAACCUUGCAAUGGUUUGGCUUUGCAGCAGCUUGAGCUUCAAUUUGCUCCUUCAAAAGGUGAAAGUGGGAGGAUCCUACCACCCAGAACUGCUCUGGAGAAUGGAGAGGUGGUGGUGGGACCUGAAAGUCUCCUCUUGGAGGAUGCAGAGGAUUUCCUGCAUGUGGAAGAGCAGGAGCAGAUUUCCACUGAACAGGAGACCAUGAGGAGUGAAACUGAUGCUGAAUUUGGAAAAGAACAGGUGACUUUUACAACCAAGGAUAAACAUCAGGUAAAAUUAUUGAUGCCAGAAUCUCCCAGUGACCUUGAUAGUGGAUUAAUCAGAGAAACAGAGGAAAUGAUGAUUGAGGCAGAAGAAGAGUCCAAGCCUCCUGCAGCAGAUGGAGUGGAAGGUCCUGAAUAUCAGAAGAAGGCAUUGGAAAGUGGGGCAGUGGUUGUGAAAAGUGAAAUCUGCAUAACAGUGGGUGUUCCAGAAAGUAGAGACAGACUGAAAAUGGUGGCAGAGAGGUCUCAGGGUGUGAGGGAGCCUGAACAAGAGGCAGAAGAUGUGAGGGGUGUGGGAGAGGUUUAUUUGCUGAAGGAGGGAACAGUUGAAAAUGGUGUGCUGGGAGGAGAGGACACUGUGCGCCCUGCACGUGCGGAGGCAGCACCAGCAGAGAGGCAAAGCAAGGACAUGGAAACUGUGCUGGAAGUGGAAGAAGGAGAGCAGGAAGAAGUGUUGGGUGAUGAGGGCGUUGAGGAACCAGCCCUGGUGGCCCCUGAGGAGCAGGAAGCAGAGGACACUCUGGAAAAGCUCCUGAUGCAGCUCCAAAGUGGUGGCAUCACCCAUGAGCAGACGGGCAGGACCCUGCUGCUGGAUGAGGCUGUGGCCUCUGGAGUGGUGUCUGGCCACACAGCUGUGAAACUCAUGGAGAGGAUGAGGAUGUUCAGCGGCUUCUUUGACCCUCAGGCAUGUGAAUCCUUGACCACUGAGGACGUGAUUGAAGAAGGUCUGAUGGACGAGGAGCUGCUCCAGAAGGUCCUCACGUCCGACAAAGCCAUAAGUGGUGUCCUUGACCCGGGCAACAACUUUGUCUACUGCAUCAAGGAUGCUGCUGCUGUUGGCCUUCUGGACAAGGAGACAGCCAUGAGGAUCUUGGAAGGGCAGGUGGUUACUGGGGGCAUUGUUGACUUGAAACGUGGCAAAAAAGUGUCAGUGACUUUGGCUUCAAAUCUGGGCCUCAUAGAGCCAACGAAUCAGACAGAGCUGGUCAAGCUGGAGAAGGCUUCCAAGGGGAAAGGCACUGAUGAGGUGACCAGGCAGAAGCUCAUUAAUUUGCAGGCUGAGACCAGUGGGAUUGUGGAUCCUGCAAGCAAACAGCCUUUGACUGUGGCAGAGUCUGUUGAAAAAGGGCUCCUGGAGAAGGAAAAGGCUUUUCAGCUCUUGACCAAGCAGGUGGCUGAUGGGGGGAUCAUCCAUCACGUGUCUGGGAUGAGGCUUUCGGUGGACAAUGCCAUGAAACACGGUUUGAUCAGUCCAGACCUGUGCAAGGAGCUCAGGAAAGCCGAAAGUGUGGUCCUGCAGGACUUUGUGCAUCCAGCUACAAAGGAGAAGCUGCCCUUGCCCCAGGCAGUGUCACUGGGGCUCCUUAGCCCAGAAUUCCAGAGGAAAGUGCAGGAAAUCCAGGCUGAGAGUGGAAGCAUCCUCGAUCCAGCUUCUGGCCGGCGACUGGCGCUGAGUCAGGCGGCGCAGGAGGGCCUGGUGCCCCAGCAGGUGGUGGAGAAAGCCCUGUCAUCUCCAGAAAUGAGAGAAGGCAUUGUGGACCCCGAGACCUGCAAGAUCACCCCCUACUCAGAGUUCCUGAAGAAGUGUAAAAUCGACAUUGAAUCCGGCCAGAGGUACCUGGAGGUCCAUCCCUUCCAGGCCGUCGGGGAUGAGGUGACGGGGACCAAGCUGCCGUGUGCUGAGGCGGUGAGGCUGGGCAAGGUGGACCCCCUGCCCACCCUGAGGCUGCUGCAGGCACAGGCAGACAGUGGAGGGGUGGUGGAGGGCUCUGUCAGCAAGAGGCUGUCCCUGAGGGCGGCUGUGGAGCAGGGGAUGCUGGAUGAGGCCAUGGCCAAAGUCAUCGCCACCAACCAGCUCAGGGCUGGGGGAAUCGUUGAUGCCCCCGGUGGGAAAAGGUUGACUGUGCAGGAAGCUGUUGGAAAGGGACUGAUUAGCCAAAAAUUAGCUGCUGGUCUUCGGGAUGUGCAAAUAUCCGAGGAGAAAGUUGGCUCUGAGGUCUUCAAAGUAGAAAAAUUGCAACUUUCGCAGGAAAAAACAGAAAAACUAUCUCCAAAAGGGGAGGGUGUCAUCCUCCCUGCCAGGUCUGAUGGUGCUGAGCCCAAAGCUCAUCCUAAAGCUGUGAGCUAUGACACAGCUCAGAGUGCAGCUGCUGCCACUGAGAAAUCCCCCAAAGCACAGACAGAAAGGAAAUUAAAACCUCAGGAAGCUUCAGAGGGUGCUGUCCAUCCCCAGGAUGAACAUCAUCAUCUUCAUCACCCCCAGGCAAAGGCUGAGGCGACUCCAGAGCACCCCUCAGUGCUGGGGACAGUGUCCCUCCCUGAAGAGGCAGUGGUGGAAGGGGCUGUGGAAAAAGGGAUCCCAAAAGGCAUCUCCCAGGUGAGAGCAGCCCAGGGCAAGGAAUUGAGGGAAGAAGUGGAUGGAAAGACAGAGAAAGUUGAGAGACUGGGCUUGGAGAAGGAGCAGUUGGGCACAGAGGUGCUUCACGAGGAGGAGGAUGGUGAGGAGAGGAGGAGGAGGAGAGAGUUUGUAAGUGCAGAGGGAGUUGUGGCAGGUGGAGAAGGUGCAGUGGCGAUUUCUGGGCAAGGAGAGAGAGUGACCAGUGUGGUCCAGGAGACGCCAGCAGCCCCAAGGGAAUCUGUCAGCGUGGGCCCAGGGAAGGGAGGGAUGAGUCCUGCAGGGUCUGGAGAACCCCCUGAGCUUGGUGUUCCUGUGGGAGAUGAGCUUGCAGGGAAAAAAGCUGCCAAACACACAGGAAGAGAAACCCCUCGCACAGGAGGUGCCAUUGAUCAGGAAAAAACAAGUGAAACUGAGCUAAAACCUACCCAGAAAAAGAAAAGCAAGAAAAAGAAAGCGAAGCAGGGCAGCAUUCCAGGAGACAGCAUUCAGCCAGAGAAACCUGCAGAGAAGCAGCUCCUUCCUUCUCUGGUUUCCCAAGAAAUUCCAAGGAAAAAGGGUGAGGAGGAGCACUUUGUCUCCAGGGUGCCAGAGCCAAAACACGAAUCCAGCACUGAGACUGCUGCUGGGUUGGCACAAGACACAGCCAAGCACAAGGGUGGAAAAGGGAAGAAAACAAUUCCUGGGAAAGAUAAAGAAACGCCCAGAGAGGUUCAGGUGUUCCCUGUGCCCCCUGAGCAUGGGGAAGCUCGAGAAGUGGUCAAAGGUGGGACCAGGGAUGGUCAAGAUUCCUUGGUGGCCCUGAGUCUGGAGGAAAGAAUGACUGAGGAAGGCAUGAGGAUGGAAACCACCCAGGAUGUGCCCAGCACAGCCACCAUGGCACAGGAACUGCCCCAGGACUUAAUUAUCACAGAGGAGCCCACGGAAAUUCAGGAAACCCCCGCAGUCCUGGAGCUUGGAGAGGAGAAACAGCACGAGCAAAGAGCUGAGCUCAGAGCAGACCAAGGAGGUGCCUCUGCUCCCCCAGAAUCCCAAGAAGAACCCCUCCAAGAGAGGAGCAGGCAGCCAGGUCCAGGUGAUCGGGGUUUGCUCUUGCCUGUGAUCGUGGAGGGGGAGCUGCUGGAAACCUCGAGGGAGUCCACGAGGCCAGCCCAGAUCAAGUUCAGCAAGAAGAUGUGUCUGGAGCACGACCAGAGGCUGAUAUCUUAUCUCUCCAUGCUCCGAGACAUCGAGAUGAGAAUCAAACGUGUGCAGCCAGCAGAGCAGAAUUUGGCAGCCCUGCACGACCUGAGGCAGCAAGCAGAGGCUCUGGGCUCUGAGCUGCAGGAGCUGAGCUUCCCAGUGAAUCAGGAGCUGGAUGCUGUGCAGAGGAUUGUGGCCAACCCCCCUGAAGAAGUCCCUGAGCAGUUACUGAAGGCUUUGGAGAAGGAUGCCAAGAACCUCCAGAAGUCUCUGAGCUCUGCAAGUGAAGUCCUGCAGUCCCGGCUGCAAAACCUUCGUGGGGCAGCAGAAGCUGAAAAGGCUAAAAUCCUGGCCCAGCACGAGGCUCUUGAGGGCAGGCUGCAGGAGCUGCUGAGCUGGGUCUCUGGCACCACGGAGGCCCUGGAUGACAGAGAUUUCCAGCAGGCCACCGAUGGCAGCAGCUUGAGUCACUGCCUGCAGCACUACAAGGAGCUGAAGGAGCCCCUGGCUGACACCAAGGCUGAGCUGGACGCUGCUGCCUUCGACAUCCAGUUCCUCAUCUCGGAGCAUGCACAGGAUUUAACCCCCCAGCAGAGCAGGCAGCUGCUGAGGCUGCUCAAUGAGCUGCAGAAAGCCUUCAGGGACCUGUCAGAGCGUGUGACAGCACGGCUGGAGGUGCUGCAGCUCUGUCUCCAGCAAGUGGAGCAGACGGAGCAGGUGAAGACGCUGCAGGAGCAGCAGGCAGCCCGGGCACAGAGCCUGGCUGAGCUGAGCCGCUGGCUGGGCCAGGCUGAGGACACCCUGGCAGAGCAGCAGAGAGCAGAAGGGGACCUGCCUGCCCUGCAGCAGAGGCAAAGCGAUGUUAAGGAGCUGCAGAGGAGCAUGCACAGCAGAGCCGCCUCCUUUGCCGGUGUCCUGAAGAGCACAGAGCAGUUUUUGGAGGAGAACAAGGCCAAGCUGGAGCCUGGGGAGCUGGCAGCACUGCAGCAGGACCUGCAGCGUGCCAAGGAGCAGUACCAGUCCCUGCAGGAGAGGACAGAGGUGGCCCAGAAGGAGCUGGAGAGUGCUGUGAGUGCUGCAGUGCAGCAGGAGACUGAGAAGGUGAAAGCUGCCAAAGAGCUGGAGGAGAACAGCAAUAAGAUCGAUUCCCUUCUGAGCUGGGUGGCAUCGCUGGAGCAGAAGGGAGAGCUCCCAGAGUACAGACCACACCCUGUCAGUCCAGGCACAGGGAAAAGCACUGGGGAUGUCCCUGAUGGCCACACUGUGGGAGCAGACAGUGCUGCUGAGAGCCUGGAUGAGCACUACGAGAGGCUGAAGGCGCAGCACCAGGAGCUGCUGUCCCAGCAGCAGGACAUCAUCCUGGCCACGCAGGCAGCACAGGCUUUCCUGGACAAGCAGGGGCCCAGCCUGGCUGGGGAGGAGCAGGAGAGGCUGCAGGCACAGCUGGCACAGCUGCGGGAGCGGUACCCGGCGUCGCUGGCACGCGCUGAGACACGGCUGAAACGGGUGCAGCUCCUCAGGGAGGAGCUCCAGAAGUUCCUGCAGGACCACGGGGAGUUCCAGGCCUGGCUGGAGCAGGCAGAGCAGGACCUGCAGGGGAUGUACAAGGGGGACAGUGACCCUGACUCCCUGAGGCAGCUGCUGCGGCGCCAGGGGAGCUUUGCAGAGGAUGUGAUCUCCCACAAGGGUGACCUGCGCUUUGUCACCAUGUCGGGGGAGAAGUUUCUGGAUGGGGAUGCUGGGGAUGCUGAAUCCCAGCUGGUGAUGUCCAGGAGUGUGGUCAAGAGCAAGCUGGAGGAUGCCACGCAGAGAUACACCACGCUGCACUCCAAGUGCUCCAAGCUGGGCUCCCACCUGAACACCUUGCUGGAUCACUACCAGCAGUUCCAGGAGGUGGCAGAGUCUCUCAGGACGUGGCUGCAGGAGAGUGAAGCUGCCCUGGGGAAGCUGCUCUCAGAGACAGUUUCCUCAGAUCUGGCCGUGCUGCAGAAGCAGCUCGCCAGCACCAAGCAACUGCAAGGAGACCUGGCUGAGCACCAGGUGCCAGUGGAGAAGCUCCAGAAAGCAGCUCGGACCCUGCUGGACAUCCAAGGGGAGCCAGCCCCAGACCACAGCCACAUCCAGGAAACAACAGAUGCCAUCGUGAGCCGCUUCCAGAGCCUCUCCCAGCAGAUGUCCGAGCGCUCAGACCUGCUGCAGAAAUCCAUUGCCCAGUCCCAGAGCGUCCAGGAGAGCCUGGAGAGCCUCCUCCAGUCCGUGGCUGAGAUUGAGAAGAGCCUGGAGAAGGACCAGCCAGCUGUGCUCACCUCUGCCUCCAUCCAGGACUCGCUUGCCACGAGUGUGAAGCUGAAGCAGGACAUUGCCAGGCAGAGGAGCUGCCUGGAAGCCACCAGGGAGAUGGUGACGCGCUUCACCGAGGCCGCCGACAGCCCCGCGGCCUCCGCGCUGCAGGACAAGCUGACCCAGGUGACAGAACACUUUGGGAGGCUGUGCCAGCAGCAGCAGCAGCGGGAGGACGCCCUCAAGGGCCUCCUGCCCAAGGUGGAGCAGUAUGAGCAGCUGUGGGAGAAGCUGCAGCAGUUCACGGAGAGCAGGACGCGGCUGUUGGCGUCCGGGAAUCAGCCGGACCACGACAUCGCUCACUUCUCCCAGCACAUCCAGGAGCUGAACUCGGAGAUGAGGCAGCACCAGGAGGACCUGGCCACCCUGGAGCACCUGGCUGAGGAGCUGAGCUCCUGUGGCUUCACCCCCAGCUCCUUCCAGCAGCAGGAGAAGCUGCAGAGCCUGAAGAAAGAUUUCCUGCAGCUGCAGAAGGUGGCAAAAGACAGAGAAAAGGAUGCCUCAUCCUGCCAGGAGCAACUGGAUGAGUUUCGGAAUCUGGUUGGCGCCAUCAGGAAGUGGCUGAGGGAGACUGAAGGCAAAAUUCCACCUGCUGAGACCUCCCUGGGCACCCAGGAGCUGCAGCAGCACAGGCAGCAGAUCCAGGAUCUCCUGGAGGAGUGGAAGGGGAAGGGCCCCCAGGUGGAGGAGAUUGGCCGCAGAGGGACCCUCCUGGAGAACCUGAUCGUGGAGAUCACAGCCCCCAACACCCCUCCCAAGGCAGGUGCCGCUCUGCCCGCUCCAGGAGGCUCAGGAGGCAGCGUGAACGGAUACCACACCUGCAAAGAUCUGACGGAGAUCCAGUGCGACGUGUCGGACGUGAGCCAGCGGUACCAGGCUCUGGGUGCAGCCCUGCAGGAGCGCCUGCAGCAGCUCUCAGCCAUGCUGGACAGCAUGCAGGAGGUGCAGGAGGAGGCCAGCUCCAUGCUCAAGUGGCUGGAGUCCAAGGAAAGGAUGCUGUCCGAGCUGGACGCCUCCUCCUCGCCCACCAAGACGGAGACGAUGAGAGCCCAGGCUGAGCACAACAAGGCAUUUCUGGCUGAAUUGGAACAGAAUUCUGGGAAGAUCCAGAAGGUGAAGGAAGCACUUUCUGGCUUGCUGGAGAAAUAUCCAGAUUCCCCAGAAGCAGCGAACUGGAAGAAGAUGCAGGAAGACCUGAAUUGCAGGUGGGAGAGGGCCAGCCAGGCCACGGCUGCGCGGCAGCAGAAGCUGGAGGAGUCGGCGACCCAGCUGGCCACGUUCCAGGCCACUGAGGCCCAGCUGAGGCCCUGGCUGAUGGAGAAGGAGCUGAUGAUGAGUGUGCUGGGCCCCCUCUCCAUCGACCCCAACAUGCUGAAUGCUCAGAAGCAGCAGGUGCAGUUUAUGCUGAAGGAAUUCGAAGCUCGCCGACAGCAGCACGAGCAGCUCAACCAGGCAGCUCAGAGCAUCCUGACUGGCCCUGGAGAUGUUUCCCCAUCCACCAGCCAGGUGCAGGAUGAGCUCCAAGGGGUCAACCAGAAAUGGUCCGAGCUCACCGAGCGCCUCAACUCCCGCUCCAGCCAGAUUGACCAAGCCAUAGUAAAGAGCACCCAGUACCAGGAGCUUCUCCAGGGCCUCUCAGAGAAGGUGAAGGCUGUUGGGCAGCGCCUGAGCAGCCAGUCUGCCAUCAGCACCCAGCCUGAUGCUGUCAAACAGCAGCUGGAGGAGACCAGCGAGAUCCGCUCAGACCUGGAGCAGCUGGAAGAGGAGAUCUCAGAGGCUCAGACCCUCUGUGAUGACCUCUCCGUCCUGAUUGGGGAGCAGUACCUCAAGGAUGAGUUGAGGAAACGUCUGGAGACCGUGGCACUUCCCCUCAAAGGCCUGGAAGAUCUGGCAGCCGACCGGAUGAACCGGCUGCAGACUGCGCUCGCCAGCUCCCAGCAGUUCCAGCACAUGUUUGAUGAGCUCAGGACCUGGCUGGAUGACAAAAGGUGCCAGCAAGCCCAGAGCCAACCGAUCUCUGCUAAGCUGGAGAGGCUGCAGAGCCAAAUCCAGGAGCAAGAAGAGUUCCAGAAGAGCCUCAACCAACACAGCGGCUCCUACGAGAUGAUUGUGGCCGAGGGAGAAUCUUUGCUGCUGUCUGUCCAGCCUGGGGAGGAGAAGACCACUCUGCAGAACCAGCUGGUGAGCCUGAAAACACACUGGGAGGAGCUCAGCAAGCAGGCUGCUGACAGGCACUCCAAGCUCAAGGACUGCUUGCAGAAAGCUCAGAAGUACCAGCGGCACGCCGACGACCUCCUGCCCUGGGUGGAGGACUGCAAGGCGAGGAUGGCAGAGCUGGAGGUAACCCUGGAUCCAGUGCAGCUGGAGGCCACUCUUCUGAGGUCCAAGGCCAUGCUGAGUGACGUGGAGAAGCGCCGGUCCCUGCUGGAGAUGCUCAACAGUGCUGCUGACAUCCUGACUGACGCCUCCCAGACGGACGAGGAUGACAUCCGGGAUGAGAAGGCUGCCAUCAACCAGAAGAUGGAUGCCAUCACAGAAGAGCUGCAAACCAAGACUGGCUCCAUUGAAGAAAUGUCCCAGAGGCUCAAGGAGUUCCAGGAGAGCUUCAAGAACAUCGAGAAGAAGCUGGAAGGGGCAAAGCACCAGCUGGAGAUCUACGAUGCCCUGGGGCCACAAGCCUGCAGCAACAAGAAUUUGGAGAAGCUCAGGGCACAGCAGGAGGUGCUGCAGGCCCUGGAGCCACAAGUGGAUUAUCUGAAAAACCUCACUCAAGGCCUGGUAGAAGAUGCUCCAGAUGGAUCCGACUGCUCCCAGCUCCUCAGCCAAGCCGAGGUGGCUCAGCAGGACUUCAAGGCCGUGAAGCAGAAAAUCAACGAUUGCUGCGCUCUCAUGGAGAACAAGCUGGAAGGGAUCGGCCAGUUCAACAGCAGGGUCAGGGAGAUGUUCUCCCAGCUGGCAGAUCUGGAUGAUGAGCUGGACAGCAUGGGCCCCAUUGGGAGGGACUCUGACAGCCUCCAGUCCCAGGCCGAGGACGUGCGUGCCUUCCUGGGCAAGCUCCACCGGCUGAAAUGCGACAUCGAAUCCUCCGAGAGCGAGUGCAAGAAAAUGCUGGAGGACGAGGGCAGCCCCGACCUGCUGGGGCUGAAGAGGGAGCUGGAGACGCUGAGCAAGCAGUGCAGCAAGCUGACAGAGAGGGGCAGGAACCGGCAGGAGCAGGUGGAGACCACGCUGUCCCGCGUGGAGGACUUCUACAGCCGCCUGAAGGAGCUCAGCCAAAUGACCGCAGCGGCCGAGGAGAACGAGGCCCUGCAGUGGGUGGUGGGGACAGAGGUGGAAACCAUCAACCAGCAGCUGGCAGACUUCAAGCAAUUCCAGAAGGAGCAAGUUGAUCCCCUCCAGCUAAAGCUGCAGCAAGUCAAUGGAGUUGGUCAGGGACUCAUCCAAAGCGCCGGGAAAAACUGUGAUGUCCAAGGGCUGGAGCAUGACAUGGAAGAAAUCAACACCCGCUGGAACACCCUCAACAAGAAGGUGGCCCAGCGAGUGGCCCAGCUGCAGGAGGCCCUGUUGCACUGCGGGAAGUUCCAGGAUGCCCUGGAGCCACUGCUGAGCUGGCUGGCAGACACCGAGGAGCUCAUCUCCAACCAGAAACCUCCCUCUGCUGAGUACAAGGUGGUGAAAGCCCAGAUCCAAGAGCAGAAGCUGCUCCAGCGCCUCCUGGACGAUCGCAAAGCCACGGUGGAGAUGAUCCAGGCCGAGGGCGACCGGAUCGCGCAGUCGGCCGAGCCCGCGGACCGGGACAAGAUCGUGGGGCAGCUGGAGAGCCUGGCCCGGCACUGGGCAGGGCUGCUGGGCAGGGCAGCUGCCAGGCAGAAGCAGCUGGAGGAUAUCUUGGUGCUGGCAAAGCAGUUCCACGAAACCACGGAGCCUGUGUCUGACUGGCUGUCGGUGACAGAGAAGAAAUUGGCCAACUCUGAGCCCAUUGGCACCCAGACUGCCAAAAUCCAGCAGCAGAUCAGCCGCCACAAGGCUCUCGAGGAGGACAUAGAGAGCCACUCCACCGACGUGUCUCGGGCGCUGGGGGUCGGGCAGUCUCUGUCCUCCCUGAGCUGUGCUGCUGAGCAGAGGCUGCUGGCAGAGAAAUUAGAGGCUCUGCAGAGCCGCUACGGCGAGGUCCGGGAGCGGUGCGGCCGCAAGGCAGCACUGCUGGACCAGGCUCUGGCCAACGCCAGGAUUUUUGGGGAGGAGGAGGUGGAAGUGCUCAACUGGCUGGCUGAGGUGGAGGACAAGCUGGGCUCAGUGGCCAUAAAGGAUUUCAAACGGGACGUCCUGCAGAAGCAGCAUGCCGACCAGCUGGCUCUGAAUGAGGAAAUUGUGAACAGGAAGAAGAAUGUGGACCAAGCCAUUAGAAAUGGACAAGCUCUCCUGAAGCAAACCACAGGGGAGGAGGUGCUGCUGAUCCAGGAGAAGCUGGAUGGAAUCAAGACCCGCUACUCCGACAUCACCGCCGCCAGCUCCAAGGCCCUGCGCACGCUGGAGCAGGCCCGGCAGCUGGCCACCAAAUUCCAGUCCACCCACGAGGAGCUCACUGGGUGGAUGAGCAAGGUGGAGGAGGAGCUGGCCUCCAGCGGGGCACAAUCCCCUGCUGGAGAGCAGAUCCCCCAGUUCCAGCAGCGACAAAAGGAGCUGAAGAAGGAGGUGAUGGAGCACAGGCUCGUGCUGGACACGGUGAAUGAGGUGAGCAGGGCUCUGCUGGAGCUGGUUCCCUGGAGAGCCCGGGAGGGGCUGGACAAGCUGGUGUCGGACACCAACGAGCGCUACAAGCUGGUCAGUGACACCAUCAGGCAGAGGGUGGAGGAGAUCGAUGCUGCUAUUCAGAGGUCUCAGCAGUAUGAGCAGGCAGCAGAUGCAGAGCUGGCCUGGGUGGCUGAGACCAAGAGGAAGCUGAUGGCUCUGGGUCCCAUCCGCCUGGAGCAGGACCAGACAACGGCUCAGCUGCAGGUGCAGAAGGCAUUUUCCAUCGACAUCAUCCGGCACAAAGACUCCAUGGACGAGCUCUUCAGCCAGCGCCACGAGAUCUUUGGCACCUGUGGCGAGGAGCAAAAAGCUGUUCUCCAGGAGAAGACUGAGUCCCUGGUGCAGCAGUAUGAGGCUGUGAGCCAGCUCAACUCGGAGCGUUACGCCCGCUUGGAGCGUGCCCAGGUCCUGGUGAACCAGUUCUGGGAGACCUACGAGGAGCUGAACCCAUGGAUUGAGGAGACCCAAGCCCUCAUCUCCCAGCUGCCACCCCCAGCCAUCGACCACGAGCAGCUCAAGCAGCAGCAGGAUGACAUGAGGCAACUGAGAGAGUCCAUCGCCGAGCACAAACCUCACAUCGACAAGCUGCUGAAAAUUGGGCCCCAGCUCAAGGACCUCAACCCCGAGGAAGGGGAGAUGGUGCAGGAAAAAUACUCCAGGGCUGAAGCCUUGUAUGCCAAAAUCAAGGAGGAGGUUUGCCUGCGGGCCCUGGCGCUGGACGAGGCGUUCUCACAGUCCACCCAGUUCCACGACAAGAUCGAGCCCAUGCUGGAGACCCUGGAGAGCCUCUCCUCCCGCCUGCGGCUGCCGCCCCUGAUCCCCGCCGAGGUCGACAAGAUCCGCGAGUGCAUCAGCGAGAACAAAAACUCCACGGUGGAGCUGGAGAAGCUGCAGCCCUCCUUUGAGGCCCUCAAACGCCGUGGGGAAGAGCUCAUCGCCCGCUCCCAGGGAGCAGACAAGGACCUGGCAGCCAAAGAUCAACAGGCAGCUCAUGCACUGAGUGAGCACGGACUUCAUGCUAGAGGUGGCCAGAACAGAGUCAUCCAGGACAAGCUGGAUCAGAUGGUUUUCUUCUGGGAAGACAUCAAAGCUCGGACCGAGGAACGUGAGAUGAAGUUCCUUGAUGUCCUGGAGCUGGCAGAGAAGUUCUGGUACGACAUGGCAGCGCUCCUGACAACCAUCAAGGACACCCAGGACAUUGUCCACGACCUGGAGAGCCCAGGCAUUGACCCCUCCAUCAUCAAGCAGCAGGUGGAAGCAGCAGAGACUAUCAAGGAGGAGACAGACGGGUUGCACGAGGAGCUGGAGUUCAUCCGCCUCCUGGGCACUGAUCUCAUCUUUGCCUGUGGUGAGACUGAGAAGCCAGAAGUGAAGAAGAGCAUUGAUGAGAUGAACAACGCGUGGGAAAACCUAAACAAGACAUGGAAGGAGAGGCUGGAGAAGCUGGAGGAAGCCAUGCAGUCAGCUGUGCAGUACCAGGACACACUCCAAGCCAUGUUUGACUGGCUGGACAACGCUGUGAUCAAACUGUGCAACAUGUCCCCUGUGGGCACCGACCUGAGCACGGUCAAGGAGCAGAUGAACGAGAUGAAGGAGUUUAAAAUGGAGGUUUACCAGCAGCAGAUUGAGAUGGAAAAGCUUAAUCACCAAGGUGAACUGAUGCUAAAAAAGGCUACGGAUGAGACAGACAGAGACAUCAUCAAGGAACCACUGACAGAGCUCAAACAUCUCUGGGAGAACUUGGGCGAGAAAAUUGCUCACAGACAGCACAAGCUGGAAGCCGCCCUGCUGGCGCUGGGCCAGUUCCAGCACGCCCUGGCAGAGCUGAUGGCCUGGCUGACCCACACUGAGGAGCUGCUGGAUGCCCAGAAACCCAUCAAUGGGGACCCAAAAGUCAUCGAGGUGGAACUUGCAAAGCACCACGUGCUGAAGAACGACGUCCUGGCCCACCAAGCAACUGUGGAGACAGUGAACAAAGCAGGGAAUGAGCUGCUGGAGUCGAGUGCAGGGGACGAUGCCAGCAGCCUGCGGAACCGCCUGGAGAAGCUGAACUCCUGCUGGGAAUCAGUGCUGCAGAAAACAGAGGAGAGGGAGCAGCAGCUGCAGUCCACCCUCCAGCAGGCUCAGGGUUUCCAUGGUGAGAUUGAAGACUUCCUCCUGUGGCUAACGAGGAUGGAGAGCCAAUUGUCAGCCUCAAAACCCACGGGAGGUCUGCCAGAAACUGCCCGGGAACAGCUCAAUGCCCACAUGGAGCUGUACAGCCAGCUCAAAGCCAAGGAGGAUGUCUACAGCCAGCUGCUGGCCAAGGGGAGGCUGAUGCUGCUCAACCGCGACGACUCCGGCUCCAGCUCGAAGACAGAGCAGAGCGUGGCCCUGCUGGAGCAGAAAUGGUGCCUGGUCAGCACCAAGAUGGAGGAGAGAAAGGCGAAGCUGGAGGAGGCAUUGGCCCUGGCCACAGACUUCCAGAACUCCCUCCAGGAUUUCAUCAACUGGCUGACCCUGGCUGAGCAGAGCCUGAACAUUGCACCGCCCCCCAGCCUCAUCCUGGCCGCGGUGCUGGCCCAGAUCGACGAGCACAAGGUGUUCGCCAACGAGGUGAACGCGCACCGGGAUCGCAUCAUCGAGCUGGACCAGACUGGGAACCAGCUGAAGUUCCUCAGCCAGAAGCAGGACGUGGUGCUGAUCAAGAACCUGCUGGUCAGCGUCCAGUCCCGCUGGGAGAAGGUGGUGCAGCGCUCAGUGGAGCGGGGACGGGCUCUUGAUGAUGCCAGGAAGAGAGCCAAGCAGUUCCACGAAGCCUGGAAGAAGCUGAUUGAUUGGCUGGAGGAUGCAGAGAAUCACCUGGACUCAGAGCUGGAGAUCUCCAAUGAUCCUGACAAAAUCAAGCUGCAGCUCUCCAAACACAAGGAGUUCCAGAAGACUCUGGGUGGGAAGCAGCCUGUGUAUGACACCACCAUCAGGACAGGCAGAGCCCUCAAAGAAAAAGCCUUGCUUCCAGAUGACACUCAAAAACUGGACAAUUUGCUGGGAGAAGUCCGGGAUAAGUGGGACACAGUGUGUGGAAAAUCCGUGGAAAGGCAGCACAAGCUGGAGGAGGCCCUCCUGUUCUCUGGGCAGUUCAUGGAUGCUCUGCAGGCUCUGGUGGACUGGCUCUACAAGGUGGAACCCCAGUUAGCUGAGGACCAGCCUGUCCACGGGGACCUGGAUCUGGUCAUGAACCUGAUGGACGCUCACAAGGUGUUCCAGAAGGAGCUGGGGAAGCGCACGGGGACGGUGCAGGUGCUGAAGCGCUCGGGCCGGGAGCUCAUCGACAACAGCCGGGACGACACCACCUGGGUGAAGGUGCAGCUGCAGGAGCUGAGCAACCGCUGGGACACGGUGUGCAAGCUGUCUGUGUCCAAACAAACCCGCCUGGAGCAGGCCCUCAAGCAGGCUGAGGAGUUCAGGACAGCCGUGCACAUGCUGCUGGAGUGGCUCUCAGAAGCAGAGCAGUCCCUGCGCUUUCGGGGAGCGCUGCCCGACGACGCCGAGGCCCUGCAGGCCCUCAUCGAUGCCCACAAGGAGUUCAUGAAGAAAGUGGAGGAAAAGAGGGUGGACGUGAACGCGGCGGUGGGGAUGGGCGAGGUCAUCCUGGGCGCCUGCCACCCCGACUGCAUCACCACCAUCAAGCACUGGAUCACCAUCAUCCGAGCCAGGUUUGAGGAGGUUCUCACAUGGGCAAAGCAGCACCAGCAGAGGCUGGAGUCAGCACUUUCCGAGCUGGUGGCCAAUGCAGAGCUUCUGGAGGAGCUCCUGGCUUGGAUCCAGUGGGCUGAGACCACCCUGAUCCAGCGAGACCAGGACCCCAUCCCCCAGAAUAUUGAUCAGGUCAAAGCGCUCAUCUCUGAGCACCAGUCCUUUAUGGAGGAGAUGACACGGAAACAGCCGGACGUGGACCGGGUGACGAAAACCUACAAAAGAAAAGCGACUGAGCCUCCCCACGGGCCCUUCAUCGACAAAUCCCGCAGCAACAGGAAAUGCUUGGGGCAGGCUGCUCCCCCCAGCAUGCCCAUUAUCUCCCAGUCAGAAACGAAGAAUCCCAGGAUAAACCAGCUCUCAGCACGCUGGCAGCAGGUCUGGCUGCUGGCCCUGGAGAGGCAGAGGAAGCUCAACGAUGCCCUGGACAGGCUGGAGGAGUUGAAGGAGUUUGCAAACUUCGACUUUGACGUGUGGAGGAAGAAGUACAUGCGCUGGAUGAACCACAAGAAGUCCCGGGUGAUGGAUUUCUUCCGGCGCAUCGACAAGGACCAGGACGGGAAGAUCACCCGGCAGGAAUUCAUCGACGGCAUCCUGGCUUCCAAAUUCCCCACCACCAAGCUGGAGAUGACGGCGGUGGCCGAUAUCUUUGACCGUGAUGGUGACGGCUACAUCGACUACUACGAGUUUGUGGCUGCCCUCCAUCCCAACAAGGACGCCUACAGACCCACCACUGAUGCUGACAAGAUCGAGGAUGAGGUCACCAGGCAAGUGGCCCAGUGCAAGUGUGCCAAGAGAUUCCAAGUGGAGCAGAUCGGCGAGAACAAAUACCGGUUCUUCCUCGGCAAUCAGUUCGGCGAUUCCCAGCAGCUGCGGCUGGUCCGGAUCCUGAGGAGCACGGUCAUGGUCCGUGUGGGAGGAGGAUGGAUGGCCCUGGAUGAGUUUCUAGUGAAGAAUGACCCGUGCAGAGCACGGGGAAGGACCAACCUGGAGCUGCGGGAGAAGUUCAUCCUGCCCGAGGGAGCCUCGCAGGGGAUGACCCCGUUCCGCUCGCGGGGCCGCAGGUCCAAACCCUCCUCCAGAGCAGCCUCCCCAACCAGAUCCAGCUCCAGUGCCAGCCAGAGCAACCACAGCUGCGCCUCCAUGCCCUCCUCUCCAGCCACCCCAGCCAGUGGAGCCAAGACUCCACACCACUUCUCCCGAUGUUAUGACAAACCCUGGUUGAUAAACAGUAAAGCGAGCACCCCCCUGAGGGGAAUCGAUUAUUCCGACUUCCAGCUCCCCAGCACUGAGGUGACCCCCUCGGCUGGCAGCAAGCUGAAGCGCCCCACCUUCCACUCCAGCCGGACCUCCCUGGCUGGGGACACCAGUAACAGCUCCUCCCCAGUCUCAACAGGUGCCAAAACCACUCGGGCAGCUCUGGGGGCUCUCCCUGCAGACCCCAAGAAGGCCGCCAGCCGUCCCACGAGCCGCGCCGGGAGCCGCACGGGGAGCAGGGCCAGCAGCCGGCGGGGCAGCGACGCCUCCGACUUCGACCUGCUGGAGACGCAGUCGGCCUGCUCGGACACCUCGGAGAGCAGCGCGGCCGGCGGGCAGGGCUCCCGCCGCGGCGCCGCCGCCAAGCCCUCCAAAAUCCCCACCAUGUCCAAGAAAACGCCCGCUGCCACCCCAAAAACUCCCGGCCCUAAGAGAUAAUACUGUACCCGCCACCCUCCCGAGGGAGAGGAAGGAGAAGCAAACAAACAAACAAACAAACAAAAAAAAAAAACCAAACGGGGAAAAAAAAAAAAAAAAGCACCCAACCUGUGUCCAGUUUUUAACCCUACAUUGGAUGUAUAUUUAUUCUAAAUGGGAGAAACUAUAUUGUUAAAAGUGUAAAAGAAAAGUUGUGUUAUGAAGCUGCCUUAUUUGGUUUAUUUCUUUUUGGGUUUUUUUUUUUGUUUUGUUUUUAGUUUUGUUUUUUGUUUUUUUUUUCUUUUUUGUAAGUUACUAUUUUCAUGUGAAUAUUUAUGUAGAUAAAAAAAAAAAAUUGCCUCUCGGUGACCCCUGUUUAGAGAGGGGCCUGGAAAACUGAAAUGUGGGAGAGAAAGAAAAAAAAAAUCAAGAAAAAGAUUUAAAAAAAAAAAGGAAGCAAAAAAAAAAAAAGGUCAAGAUGUGAAAGUGUAAAGAAAAACUAAAAUAUAAAUAGGAUUUCUGCGCGGUGCAGGGUGUGAACCUGCUUUAUCUUUUAGGAUUGUUUCCUAAAUGCAUCUUUAUAAACUUAACUUGCUGUCUCAGCAAGGUAAAUUAUAUUUAAAAGCAAAGACCUGAAUCCUGCAGUGUUCAAGGAACUCUCUUUUUGUAAAUCACAGAUACCUCAACCAGAGAAACAUGAGGUGAGGGGACUUGGGGCUUAUGUUUCCAUUUUUUUUAAAGCUAUGUGGUUUUAUCUGAAGAAAGCGGAGUUUGACUUUAAUAAAAUUUGCACACACUACAGCAAAGGCCGUGACAAUUUUGCUGUCUUGAAAAUACUGUCCUGACAACUUUGUUUUUAGAGAACAAACCGAGGGUGAAGGGUUUGGGGAGGGGUUUGAGGAGGGGCUUCACACCGGAGGAUGCGGGGUAGGAUUGCAGGUCUGGAUCACUUGGAUGCAUCCCUUAGAGGUGGUGGGCCCUCCAAAAUCAAGGAAUCUUCUGGAUUGAUGGCUUAACCAGCCCGCCCCGAGGCGUUCCUUACACAAUCACUGUUUUAUCUGCAUCUCUUUGUUUUCCUAUUUAUUAUUUAACUGGUCAUUCCACUUCCAGCCAGGCUGAGAUUGAUGUGAACUCUGCUCCUAGGAGAAAUCUGGACUUACACGCACAGUUGCUUGUCCUUGAAAUGAGUCUCACCAGCACACUCGCUGCAAGUCCUGUCUCGCUUUUGUACGCUCCUUUUUCUUUGUAAUAAAAUCCAACUUGACCAAGUGACCAGGAGACGAGGGCUCUGCACAGCUCCUGUAUUUAUUAAAUAUUGUUCCUCUCCGGCUCCGACCGUGUUGCUGUGUGAUUCUCUCAAUUGGUUUCAAAUUGAGGCAAAACCGAAGCUCUACCAAUGAAUUGUUUAAAAGAACCAGACACAUUUUUGUAUUAAAAUUGCUUGCGGUAAUAAACAAUCUUGCCUCCUG